AUUUUCAGGUUUGCAGUGGUGCCAUUAGUGAUAAUUAAUGGUAUUAAUUGAAAUCGUUCAAAAUAACAGAGAAAUGACAGAUUCUGCUGUGCACUCAAAGAAAGAGAAGUCGUUGAAAAGAAAAAAAGUGACAGGAAAGAUGGUUUUAGGAGAGAAUAAGUUGACUGAGAAGCAGCUUAGGCGAGACGGUUUUGCUAAGCGAAUAGGGAAAAAGAAGUUGAAGAAAGAUGGAACUAUUAAAACCGAGAAGGAGCCAGCCACAGAGACGAAGAAUACUCAGCAACUCAUUCAGAAGAUUCAAGAAAAUAUCAGUCCUAAGGCUGUCAAGAGGAAAAAGAUGGGAUCAACGAAAGAGGAGAAGGAUUCCUCAACCAGGGAAAAAAUAUUGGUCGGAAAAAUUCAAAAAACUCAGACAAAGAGAGAAGUGGAAAAAAGUACAGAAAAUCUGAAUUCAGAGAAGAUGCCUUUAUUUGAGAACGAUAGCGAUGUACGUGGAGAGGGCUUUUCUGGUUUAAACACUGCUUCUGAAGACGGUGAUAGUGAUAUGGGAAAUGAUUGUUUUUCCUCAAGUGAUCUAUCAGAAUCAGAUGCAGACGAUUUGCCAGUAGAGAAAAAAUCUCGCAGAUUGGAAAGAAAGAAGAAAAAUGAUGAAAAACUUGCUGAUGAUGAAUUGUUAUUGAAUAUCGAAAGCGGUGAAAAAUACAAACUGCCGUCAGUUGAAGAAAUCGAGGAUGAACUAAAACAGACACCUAAUUUACGAAUAUUAAAGCAACGUAUCUCUGACGUUUUCCAAGUGCUUGGUGAUUUCAAAAGUCGACGUGACCCAAACCGAAGUCGAGGCGAAUAUAUUUCUGUUCUCACAAAAGAUUUAUGCAGUUACUACGGUUAUAAUGAAUAUUUAAUUCAAAAAUUCAUGGGUAUUUUUCCGAAUGGAACAGAGUUACUAGAAUUUCUGGAAGCAAACGAACAGCCACGACCUGUAAUCAUACGCUCAAAUUCAUUGAAAACUCGACGUGCUGAGUUGGCAAGGAAUCUUAUCAACAGAGGAAUGAACGUCGAUCCAGCAGCAGAAUGGACUAAAGUUGGCUUAAUUGUGUAUGAUAGUCAGGUUCCUGUUGGUGCAACUCCGGAAUAUCUUGCUGGGCAUUAUAUGCUGCAGGGAUUAAGUUCCUUUCUUCCAGUGAUGGCUUUAGCGCCACAACCGGAAGAAACUAUACUAGAUGUGUGUUCUGCACCGGGUGGUAAAUCAUCUCAUAUUGCAGCAUUAAUGAAAAAUACUGGAGUUCUUUAUGCAAAUGAUGCCAAUAUGCAGCGUUGUCGUGCAGUUAUUGGUAAUCUGCAUCGUUUGGGAGUGAAUAAUGCAGUUGUAAGUAAUUUAGAUGGGCGAGAAUUUGCAAAAAUUAUGCCUCAAGGUUUCGAUCGUGUUCUGUUGGAUGCACCAUGCUCAGGAACAGGUGUAAUCUGGAAAGAUGAAAGUGUGAAAACACGACGUGAUAGUCAAGAUGUUCAACGGUGUCAUACUUUGCAGCGGGAACUGAUACUCGCUGCUCUGGAUUCUAUUAAUGCAAAUUCAAAAACUGGCGGUUAUCUGGUUUACUCGACAUGCUCUGUUCUAGUAGAAGAAAAUGAAGCAGUAGUGGAUUAUGCAUUAAGAAAACGAGAUUGUAAACUUGUGGCAAUGGGAUUAGAUAUCGGUGUGCAAGGUUUUACGAAAUUCCGAGAAUAUCGCUUCCACCCAUCACUCAGUCUUACUCGGCGAUAUUAUCCACAUGUUCAUAAUAUCGAUGGAUUCUUUGUGGCAAAAUUCAAAAAACUGUCAAAUUCAAAGUCAGCAAAAAACGCAGGCUUAUCUGAUGAGCUGAAAGACAAGAAUCCUAUUACUUCCAAAAACAAAAUACAAAAUGGUAAUUCAGAGCAAGUAGGUAUCAAAGGAAAGUCUGUAAUGAAGAAGAAAUCAAUUUCAAGUGGAACCAUUCGAAAGAAAUAUCAGCAAAAGCUUCCAGUUGAAAAGAUGCAAACCGAUGUGGAUAUGUCGGAGAGCAAUCUUUCGAAAGAAUCUGCGAAUGGAGCCGUCCCGAAUAGUAAACCAACCAGAAUGUCAAAGAAGCGAAUUCACAAGAGAAAAUUUCCACCCAACAAGUUAAAACGAAGCAAAAGUGCCAAGUUUGUGGGAACAAAGAACAAAACAGUUUUGAAGAAAAGUAGGAAUAUUAUGUAGCUCAUAUCUAAUAAAUUCCUUUAUGUAGAACAUUUAUCUCGUAACGUGUUUUGUUUUCAGAUUAGGUACAACAGUUUAGUGCCACUCUGAUUAAGCAAG